AUGUUUCGAAAAGCUGAACAAGAAGCUCUUCUUGCUGGCCAUGGUCGUGUCAAUCAAUUAGGUGGUGUAUUUAUUAAUGGUCGUCCUUUACCGGAUCAUAUUCGUCGAAAAAUUAUUGAAUUAGCAUCAGAAGGAAUUCGUCCUUGUAUGAUUAGUCGUCAACUUCAAGUAUCUCAUGGUUGUGUAUCAAAAUUACUUUCACGUUAUGCUGAAACAGGUUCAUAUAAACCAGGUAUAAGUAGUCGACGACAAAUUAAAUUUCAUAAUCGACAAAUACAUGAUAAUGAUAUAACUAUUGAAGAAUCAGAUGAAAGCAAAAAUAAUUCACUUAAUGAAACAUUACCAAUAUGUGAAACUACUACAAAACGUCGUUAUCGUUCAUCAUUUACUAAUGAACAAAUUGAAAUUCUUGAAGAAUUUUUUUCUCAUACACCAUAUCCUGAUGUAACAACACGUGAAAAUCUUUCGAAACAUUUAAAUAUUGAAGAAAAUCGUAUUCAAGUAUGGUUUAGUAAUCGUCGUGCUCGUACUAGAAAAUCAACAACAACAACAUAUUCAAGUCUAAUAUCAACACAUGAAGAAGAAAAUAUUGCAUCAACAUCUACGGAUAUGAAACAAUUUUCAAUAAAUAAUAAUUUUGAUUCAUCUAUUACAUCAAAUCCGUCAUCAAAUUAUUGGCCAUCAACAUAUCAAAUGACUUAUACACCAACUAAUAAUUCACAUUAUCCAUUGACUGAUUAUUAUUAUUAUCCUCCGUGUACUACAUCCGCUUAUCCGAAUUAUUCAAUGUCAUAUUCAUCUUAUCCUUCAUUCUAUUAA